GCAAUACAAAUUCGGUUUUUAUGCCAAAGUCAUCAAUACGUUUACUCGUGGCUCUAUAAAUGCUACUCGGCAAACCCCAAAGCCAUAUAUUCACUGUACGCGAGGAUUGGUUGGACAAGCAACGACAAUAUCCUCAGAGAAAGGAAAACAAGAAUGUUGUCCUCUCACUACAUGUAUCAUCAUCAAUAUCACUUCAAUAAUCAAUCUCACUCGUCUCUUCCUUCUUCAACUCACCACAUGUUAUCUUCUUCUUCGUCUUCUUCCAUUGAUUCCGUCCCCAUCCAUCCUUGCUUUCAAUUUCAUGGGGUAUCCGAAUUGAAGGCCCGAGCCACUUUACGAUGCAAAAUCUCUGAUCUUAAGGCAAAAUGCAGCAGCGGCAUAUCCCACCAAAUAACUGACGUAGUUCUGAAAGAGAAAGACAGUGCUUUGGAUGAUCGUAAGGAACAAAAAGCAGCUUUGGAGGCGUAUGUAAGAAAGGAAGAGAUCAGAAAGAGAGUGGAAGCGAUCAGGUGGACGUUGGAAUCAGAAGAAGGAGAGGAAAGCCUAUCAGUAUCAGCAUACAACACAGCAUGGUUGGGUCUGAUAGAGAACGAGAACGGAGAUGGAUCUCCUCAGUUUCCUUCUUGCCUUGAAUGGAUAAUCCAUAAUCAGUUUCCUGAUGGCUCGUGGGGCGAUCCUCAUCUCUUUUUGCUUUACGAUAGGCUGCUUUCUACUUUGGCUUGUGUUAUUGCUUUACGACGCUGGGAUCUUCAUCCUGAUAUCGCUGCUAAAGGGCUGAAAUUCUUUAAUGAGAAUGUAAACAAAUUGGAAACGGAGGAGCCAGAGCACAUGCCAUGCGGCUAUGAAAUUGUUCUUCCAACACUUCUUCAAUUAGCAAAAUCUUCAAAUAUUGAUGUGCCUCUCCACUCCCCUGCCCUCAAAGGAAUAUUUGCUAGGAGAGAUGAGAAGCUCAAAAGAAUCCCAAUGGAGGUGUUUCACAAUGUGCCCACGACGAUCCUCUUCAGCUUGGAAGCGAUACCAGGGGCACAAUGGGAAAAUCUUAUGAAACUUCAGUACGAAGAUGGGUCUUUCUUGUUCAGUCCAUCGGCAACUGCUUAUGCCUACAUGCAUACCAAGGAUCAAAAUUGCCUCAAUUACUUGAAAAAUGUUGUCCGCCAAUUUAAUGGCAAAGCUCCGGAAUUUUAUCCCCUGGAUUUCUUCGAACGAUUAUGGGUUGUUGAUCGAUUGGAUCGCUUAGGAAUUUCAAGAUACUUUCAACGAAACAUAACAGACAUGUUGGAUUAUGUUCAAAGAAACCGAAAGGAGGAUGGAAUUGGGUGGACAAGAUUUUCAAACUUACCAGACCUUGACGAAACAUCCAUGGGAUUCAGGCUACUAAGAUUGAAUGGCUAUGAAGUUUCAGCUGAUAUAUUCAAGAAUUUUGAAAAAGAUGGUGAGUUUUUCUGCUACCGUGGGCAAACAGAUCAAGGGACGACGGACACGUAUAAUUUGUACAGAGCUUGUCAAGUUCAAUUCCCAGGAGAACAGAUUCUUGAAGUCGCCAAGAACUUCACCACCAAAUUAUUGACCGAGCAACGAGCUGCUAAUCAGAUUUUAGAUAAAUGGGUCUUACUCAAGGACUUACCUGGCGAGGUGGGUUAUGCAUUAGAUUUUCCAUGGUACGCGAGCUUGCCUCGUGUAGAGACCAGAUUUUACUUGGAGCAAUAUGGUGGUGGAGAUGACAUCUGGGUUUCCAAAACGUAUUAUAGGUUUCGCAAGGUGAGCAAUGACACCAAUCUUGAACUAGGGACAUUAGACUACAACAUGUGCCAAGCCGUGCAUCAAGCAGAAUGGAAAACGAUUCAAAAAUGGCACUCAGAAUGUGGACUAGAAGAGUUAGGAUUGAGCAGAGAAAGGCUUCUUCUUCUUUAUUUUCUGGCGGCAGCUAGCAUAUUUGAACCUGAGAGAUCCAAAGAACGACUUGCUUGGUUCAAAACUUCUGCUCUGAUGGAAACUAUUAAAUCCAAUUAUUGUGAUCCACAACAAAGAAAAGCCUUCGUGCAAGAAUUCAGUUUCAGCAGCAACUCCUUGAAUGGAAGCAGAUGUCUGAAUAAAAGCAAGAACAGAGAAGGACUUCUGGGGAUCUUAUUAGAUACUCUGCUUUCUUUCUCCCAGGCCUCAUCUACUGCGACUUUCAACAUUCUUCACAAUACAUGGGAAAAGUGGCUGUCGGGAUCGCAAAGUGAAGGAGAUGAGUGGGAAGGAGAAGCAGAGCUCUUGGUUAAAAUGAUAAACUUGAAUGGCGGCUUUGAAAUUUCCCAAGAUAUAGAAGUGAAUCCUAUUCACCAGAGACUCGUCCAACUCUCAAAUGAACUCUGCCUCCAACUAACUUCCCUGCAAGAGAACAAGAUUUAUGAAGAAGGCAAUAGUAAUGGAAGGUGCAAUAAGGACAGAAGUGGGCUGUCAGAGCCAGAAAUAGCAUUGAAAAUGCAAGAGUUGGUACAGUUGGUGCUGUCUUCAAAUGGCAUUGAUUCCAACUUGAAGAAGACGUUCCUCACAGUGACAAAGGCUUUUUACUAUACAGCCCACUGCAACCCAAACACUAUCAGCUCUCACGUCAACAAGGUUCUGUUUGAGAGAGUCAUCAUAUAGCUCCUUCAUUAAGUUAAUUGCUUCAACUGUUCUUUCAAUAUCUUGUUUAUUCGUUGUGUCCGGGUGUGCGGUUUGAUAAAAAGGUGAAUAAUGCAAAGGAUAUCUGAGUAAUUUAAUGUGAAAAUCUUAGUGAGUGGUGGUACUUCAUCACCAGCUGUUUGGCAACUUCUGUCCAGUUUUCAACAAUAUGUAGAAAAUAGCAGUACUCAAACACGCAGUUCUGAUUUCUGAAGUGUACAGAGCAUUAAGCCA